AUGCUUUACCAAUCUGUCCUCGUCAGCUUCGCUUUCUCUCAGCUCGUUGCUGGUCACGGUGCUAUCAUCAAGGCUGUUGGUGACAUGGGAGGCAGCGGUACAGCCAUCGGCAUUGACUCUGCUACACCCCGUGACGGAGCGACGCGAAACCCCUUCCAGGCCGAUGCCACUCGCUUCAAGAACAACAACGUAGACGCUUGUGGUGAGACCCUCGGAGGCGGCCCGAACGAUCCCAUGACGGGAAUGGCCAAGGUGGUGUCCGAGUCCAAUGGAAUGCCCAUGAUCUCGGCUGGAGGCAUGGUCAUGAUGACUCUGCACCAAGUCAACGGAGAUGGAGCUGGUCCCUACUCGUGCAUGAUCGACUCUACCGGCAUGGGAACAGGUGGAUGGACCAAGAUGGAGGUUGUCGCCAAUGUUCCCGGCAAGAACUCUCGUAGCAAGGCCAAGGCCGAAGACUUUCCCCUUACGGCCAAGGUCGCAGCAGACCAGACUUGCACAGGAAGUGUUGCUGGUAUGGACAACAUCUGCAUGGUAAGAUGCAAUAACCAAGCCAACGCCGGACCAUUCGGAGGCUGUGUGCCCGUGCAAAUGAUGAGCCCAGGAGCAGCUGGUGGAGACAAGAACUCUACGACCGAGGCAGCACCCAAGGCAGCAACUGAAGCAGCACCAAAGGAAGCUGGAAAGGAAGAACCGAAAGAGGCUGGAAAAGAAGCCGGAAAGGAAGCUGGAAAAGAAGCACCAAAGACAGCCAGAAGCUUCAAGGCAUAA